AUCUUCCAUGUCUUUCGACAAUUUCCAGUGGAUAAGCCCAGACGAAAGCCCAUUAAAUUAACAGACAGAGAUUCAUCCACCAAACUGCAAAGGAAACAUGGCUCUGAGUAUUGCCUCUACCUCAUUGACAAGCCUUCCGACCAGUACCAGGAAUAUACCUCAAAAAGCCUUGCUGGGGAAGAUCUCAACAUGCCAUGUAGGGAAAGCUAAAGUGAAAGUGAAUGCAACAAAAGGGGUCUCCAGUGUCUGUGAACCACUUCCUCCUGAUAGACCAUUGUGGUUCCCUGGUAGUUCUCCACCUGAAUGGCUAGAUGGAAGUCUUCCUGGAGAUUUUGGUUUCGACCCACUUGGAUUAGGUUCUGAUCCAGAAUUGCUGAAAUGGUUUGCACAAGCUGAGCUAAUGCACAGCAGGUGGGCAAUGCUUGCUGUGGCAGGAAUUCUCAUUCCAGAAUGGCUUGAAAGCCUAGGCUUCAUUGAAAAUUAUAAUUGGUUCGAUGCAGGUGCUCGAGAAUAUUUUGCAGAUCCAACAACUCUGUUUAUAGUGCAAUUAGUUUUAAUGGGUUGGGUUGAAGGAAGAAGAUGGGCAGACAUGAUCAAGCCUGGGUGUGUUGACAUAGAGCCUAAGUUGCCACACAUAACAAGACCAAAACCAGAUGUUGGUUACCCAGGUGGGCUAUGGUUUGAUCCCUUGAUGUGGGGUAGAGGAUCUCCUGAGCCUGUAAUGGUGCUAAGGACUAAAGAGAUAAAGAAUGGGCGUCUUGCUAUGCUAGCAUUCGUUGGGUUCUGCUUCCAGGCCAUUUAUACUGGUGAAGGCCCUAUCGAAAACUUGAUGGCUCACAUUGCAGAUCCUGGUCAUUGCAAUAUAUUCUCUGCUUUCACAGCAAACUGAUGGUAAGAUCAUGAUCAGAGGACUAGUAGAACAACAGACUGCAGAGAAACCAGAGUUUAAUUUUCCUUUUUUUUUUUUUUUUUUUUUUUUUUCAGA